AUGCUCCGGGAGUUUGACCACGAAAACAUGAACCGCUUCAUAGGUUUGUGUUUGGACGGACCACAUAUGCUUUCAUUGUGGAAGUACUGCUCUCGUGGAAGCAUCGAUGAUGUCAUCGAGAAGAAUUCAUGCAAAAUGGAUGGAUUUUUUGUGUUUAUCCUGGCUGAAAAGAUAUAG